UCACUUGGGAGCAAAUCGCCGUUCUCAAGGGUCACGUUUUCAACUUAUCCUUGGCUCGGACCCACCACCUUCUUGCAAGUACAUCAAUAUGGGAUGAGGCCGUAUGUUUGUGGAACCUCAAAACCAAUCUCCCAUCACCGCUUGUGAGGACAACAAUGUGUACCUAUGGGAUAUCUAUGCCAUCCUUAAAGAACUUGACCUUGAAGACCUGUUGUCAACUCCUGAUGUUAUACCUGGAAAGUCGUUAACAAACAGCGACUCGGAUGUUACGCGUCCAGCUCAGUCAAAGAAUGCCGGCCGAGUACCGCUAGGGUUUUUCGAUGGCAUGCAAGGCAACAUUCAUUCCUCCGCAUCGCGCAGUGUCCAUCACCCUUCUCCUUCUCGCAGCCCCCAACAUGCUCUCAUAUCAUCUGUGAGGAUUUCGCGCGCAUUCUUCGACUAUCUUCCAUUGCUCUUUCGUCAUUCUCGCCCACCCACCAACGAGGCAACCACACUCCAGCAAGAUUCAAGGCAAACCAUCUUUUCUCGUCGCAGUACUCCCACCGUCGAAGUUGCUGCAGUACGAGACAAACAAGCACUGUAUGUUGCUCCGCGUCCAGCACAUGAAAAGAGGCGCUGCUAUCGCAAACUCAACCUACCGAGGUAUCAACGCCUCCUGCUACUAAUCCUACGACACCAUGUGCAGCAGGUGCGGGGCCAGCACCCAUACCAUUGUGGGCUCGUCUCGUGCUUUUUCUCUGUUGUGCAUCACCUCCACAUGCUGAUGGUCAUUAGCAUAUUAACGACUAUUUCGCCUCUUCUUUUCGCUCUUAUGUAUACUUCUCAUUCUCCACGUCUCUCGCUCGUGUUUUCUCGUCACGACUAACCUACGACUUCAGUAGACUGUACCGAGUAGCAGAGCCACUGGAUGGAUCCCGACAACAUGUUUAGUCAUUACAGUAUUCAACGAACAGGCUGGCAGG